AUGGGUAAAGAUCACUGGAAAUUAGUAGCAGUAACUGCAGCAGUGACUAUCACUUUGACUAAAAUUGCAGAAGUCGCUUGGAAAAAGUAUGUAGAGCAGAAGGAUGCUAUUACUCAACAGGUUUCAGUGAAAAAGAUGCUGAAAAGGGAAUAUGAUGAUAAUUUAUUUCGUGAACAGCUGGCACGUAACUAUGCCUUCUUGGGUGAGGAUGGUAUGGAGAAGUUGAAGAACCAAUAUAUCGUUGUUGUUGGUGCAGGUGGUGUGGGUUCUUGGGUUGUUACAAUGCUAAUCAGAUCAGGUUGUAAGAAGAUUAGAGUGAUUGAUUUCGAUCAAGUAUCACUAAGCUCUUUGAACAGACAUAGUUGUGCAACUUUAGAAGAUGUAGGUGCCUCUAAAGUCGACUGCUUGAAAGCACAUAUGGAAAAAAUAGCGCCUUGGUGUCAGAUUGAGGCUAUUAACUCUCUUUGGAACAAGGAAAAUGGUGAGGAAUUACUAUUAGGAGGUGGCAAGCCUACUAUGGUAGUCGACUGUAUUGAUAACAUUGACACGAAGGUUGACCUAUUAGAAUUUACAUACAGCAACAAAAUUGAGGUGAUUUCAUCGAUGGGUGCUUCUACAAAGAGUGAUCCAACUAGGAUAAAUGUUGGUGAUAUAACAAUUACAGAAGAAGAUCCUUUAGCAAGAGCAGUAAGAAGAAGAUUGAAAAUAAAAGGUAUUACUACUGGUAUAAAUGUUGUAUUCAGUGCAGAAAAACCUGAUCCAAGGAAGGCAAAACUGUUGCCGUUGCCAGAUGAUGAGUAUAGUAAGGGUAAGGUGGGUGAAUUGAGCGCCCUAAAGGAUUUUAGAGUUCGUAUUUUGCCAGUAUUAGGGACUAUGCCUGGUAUCUUUGGUUUAACUAUUGCAACUUGGAUAUUAACCAAGGUUUCUGGUUAUCCAAUGAAUCCAAUUGAAGGUAAGAACAGAAUCAAAGUCUAUGAUGGCAUUUAUCAAUCGUUGGCUGGCCAGAUGACCAGAAUUGGUAUGCCAGAUCAAAGAGUCCCAAUUGCUUUGAAAGAGGUCGGUUAUAUAGUCGAAGAGGUCUUCAGAGGAAAAUCUCCAGUUAGUGGGUUUUCUACAAGACUAACAUUAUCUAAGUGGGAUCCAAAAAAACCUGUCUCUCUGCAAAACGUUGUUGUACUUACCAAAGAGGAACAAAAGGAACAUGAGCAAAGAAUUCUGAAUGGUAAGGAAGCUUUAUCAGAUGUUUAUAGCCAAGAUGUGAUAGAUUUGGUGAAUCAACGAUUUGAGGAAGAACUGUACUAUUCUCGAUACAGAUAG